AAAAAAAGUAGAGAUCUGGGGCCAGUGCCAUGGUGCAGUAGGUUAAUCCUCCACCUGCGGUGCUGGCAUCUCAUGAUGUAGGGGCUGGUUCUGGUCCCGAUUGCUCCACUUCCAGUCCAGCUCUCUGCUGUGGCCUGGGAAAGCAGUAGAAAAUGGCCCAAGUCCUUAGGCCCCUGCACCCACGUGGGAGACCAGGAGGAGGCACCUUGUUCCAGGCUUCAGAUGCACAGCUACCGCUAUUGUGGCCAUUUGGGGAGUGAACCAACGGAAGGAAGACCUUUCUCUCUGUCUUUCCCUCCCACUGUCUGUAAAUCUAAUUCUCAAAUAAAAAUAAAUCUUUAGCAACAAUAACAAAAAAAAGUAAAGCUCUAUAAACAGGUGAUAGUAUGCUUAUCUCUUGCCUGACGGUAAGUAAAAGUGCUGCUUCUAGAAAGUGCAUUAUUUAGCUUAAAAUUAAAUGGUCUCCAUAGAACAUGCAGGUUAGUGGCAGGAGGGUGUGGAUCAGCCAGACCAGGAACCAUAGUUAAUUUUUAGCUAAUAGGGAGUCAAGAGCAAACCACCCCACACACAUACUUAACGUCUUUGCAACUAUCUUGGGCAGGAACUGCUUGUUUAUCCAUAGUCUUAUUCUCCCCAGGCUGUAGCUAGUGAAAGGAUAGACAAAGUGAAAGAUGUGUCAUAUCAGUCUAAGUCUGGACCUUGCUUCUGUUACAAAUUCAGCUCCCAGACCUAUUUCCUUGUCAUGCUUGUCAAUAAAAUGGGAAACUUCAUACUUACAGGGUUCUAAGGAGUCACAUGAUGUAUAUAAAGAGUGUAGCACCAUAUCUAUCACAUAGAAGAUGAAUUAGUGGCAGAAGCUUACUAACGUGAUACUGUGAUGCUAAGCUUAUGUAUCAUAAGUGUUGCAGUAAUGUGGGCCAGAGAGAGGUGGGCAGAUGCAGGAGACAGCUGUCAGAGUGAGCAGCUGGGAGGGAUAACCCUGGGUCCAUCUACCACCAGCCUUCCACAGGGCCCUUUUGUACUGGGUGUUAAGAGCUCUCCGUGGAUCCCUGGGAUUCUUCUGAAAGAUGGAAAGCAACAGUUCUCUCAGUAUUGCUGAUUCAUGGAGGCUUGGGAAGCUUCACAAGCUAUUACCAUAACUUGGGAAGAAAGAAGGAGACGUUUUUGUGUUUUUGUUUUUUCAUCUUUACAAUAGACCUCUAGCCCUGGGCAUUCAUCCUUUCGCUAUAUACCCACUUAAAAAACACACACACACACACACACACACACACACACACACGUGACUGGCUGCCUAAGGCCUUCUCUUGGUUUAUGUUGCUUACAAACUGAAGAGUGUCAGGAAGAAGCAUCCAGCCAGUGAAACUGCAAGUUGGAAGAUAAAUAACCCCAGCCUCCUCAAACCUCUGAGGCAUAGUCCACCUGUCAGGAUUCCCUUGUAGGACUGAAGCUCAUUUACUCUGAGCAGGAACUUAUGGCUCCUUGCCCUUCCUAAAUCAAUUCCAACUUUCCUGGCAGGGCUGAGACCAAGACAGGGGUCUCCGGUUUGUGUAAGUGCAAAGUUGGCGUGCACCUGACCUGAGGGGAUCUCUGUAAUUCUAUACCCUAGGCAUAUCACUUUCAUCACUGACUCUGCCCUGUCCUGGAUCACUUCUCAAGUAAGGUAUUUGCACUCAAAUUAGGUUGCUUCAGGGGGACUCAACAUAAGCAAAUCCUGUGAAGAAAUUGGACCCCGGAUUCUAUGCAGGGAAAUCAGGCACAGAAGAAGUUUGCCUAAGGUCACACAGCUGGUAAAUGGGAUGGGAUGGGAUGGGAUUUGAACCAAGGUCUUUGUGACAUUAGAGCGCAUGUGCACUCUGUACCGUCCUACACCACCCCCCACCUUACACUCUAGCCACAAAACUAAUGAUUCAAUUGGUAGUUCAGGAUUGGGUGGGCUCUUUUCUCACCUGUGAGGCAGAUAGCCUUGACCUCAAGUUGAUUUUGGCAGAUGGAGGUUUGGAGGAAGGGAAGGGAGGUAGUAAGUAGAUGGGAAAGUUAGUUACCAGUGAAAAGAUAGAAGAGUGUACGUACUGCUGAAACCACUCGUACCCGGAAGGCAGGAAGCAGUUACUAAUUUCCUUUCAGUUUCAACAGCCCUGGACUAUUUGUGGAAGGCUCUUAAAUUAAAAAAAAUUAACUGAUACCUGUUCUGUAUCAGGUCUAGAACUUGGUCCUAAGCCUCCAAAAAUGAAUAGGAAACAUUCUCCAGAAACUCACAGUACAAUGGGGAAGAUAAACACAUAAACAGAUUAUAUUAAUAAACGGUUAAGUACAACGAUACAAGGCAGUUUACUGACAAGCUCAGAACAAAGAAGGGCCUGGCCUCCCAGCCCAGCAGUGGUUCUCUAGCCCUGCCAUCCCUGCCUGUCCCCAUUCCCUUGUGGACAGCUGGAGACUGGCAUUAGGGGCUGUACGGAAACGUGUCAGGCCUUGUCUUUCUUUGCCCUCAUUGGUCAGCGGCCACCUGGUGUCUGAAGAGCACUGCUAGCAGCUGCAGUGCCUCUGCAAUGGCCAGGGCUGUCCCAGCUGCCCACAACCCUCAAGUCCAGCCUCCUCCCUCCCCGGCCUUGAUCCAGACCAUCCCUGGCACGGGGGGCCCCUGCUUCUGAGGGAAUGAACACAAUUUCCAAGAACAAGGAGAAACGCUGGUCAAGGCUGUAUCCUCACCCUGAGUCCUGGCAGUCAACAUGAGUUGCAGCUGGGCCUCCCACAUUGACUCCCAAGUAAAGGACGUCGAGAGGUAGGAAGCCCAGGCUUGGCAGGAUGCUGCCUCUCUCUGCCCGCCACUUGCUGCCUUUCCGAGCCUGUAUAUCUGGUUCGUACUCCAAAGUGUGCAGCAGGACUGAAGUCUGCUGUGCUUUCGGGCCUAACCUUGUCAAGAUUGAUAGAGGAACCUGCAUCCUGGUGUCUGGUGGAGGUCUUGUACUAUUCGUGGUUAAUGGCAGGGUUACUGCUGAUGGGAUAGCCUGAAGUUUUCAAGUCUGUCCACCAUUUUGCCUGAAAUGAAAACUGUUGCCAUCUGUCUAGUCUUCUACAGACACACUUCUACACAUUCAAGACUAGUUCAGCUGAAAAAAAAAUAUUUGGUGGGGUUGGCACUGUGGCAUAGAAGGGCAAGCAUCUGCCUGUAGUGCUGGCAUCCCAUAUGGGUGCUGGUUCGAGUCCCGGCUGCUCCACUGCCAAUCUAGCUCCCUGCUAAUAUGCCUGGAAAAGCAGUGGAAGAUGGCCCAAGUACUUAGGCCCAUGAACCCACGUGGGAGACUGGAAGUGGCUCCUGGCUUUAUCCUUGGCCAGCCCUGACCAUUAUGGCUGUUUGGAGAGUGAACCAAUGGAUGGAAAAUUCUCCCCCGCCCCCUUGUGUGUGUGUGUAUGUGUGUGUGUCUUUCUGCCAGCAUCUGGAGAAGUACACCUGUGAAGUGAACCUACUCUUUGGCCUGCAGACUAAGGCCAGACUGCACAGCCUGGCUGACACCUGUCCCACCAUAGACCCUCCCCUACAUGUUUAGACCCCAUUCCGUAAGAGCACCUGUGUGUGUGAGAGCCAGAACUACAUACACUGGUCAAGGACCCCUUCCGUCAGCCUUCUGCUCUGCUAGGCUCAGCUCCUCAACCUCCCCUGCGCUCGGGCAGUCGGUCGCUUCCUCUGUUUCCACAUUGCCUCUUUCUCAUUAGUACACAUUUCAGACAAUUGUCCAGUAGACUUCAUCUCUCCCAGGUUAGGCUCCUCCAGUGGCUUCUUAGGGUGAGCUUAGUUCUCCCAGUGUGUGUAAGAGGAAGAGAGCUCCCAGCACUACAGAGGAGCUGUCUCGGCACCCUUCACUCUCUUCAGGGCUCCAACCUCCCGUGGUCAUCUUUCUCAAGUUUGCACCACAGUUCUGCUUACGCUGGGCUCCUCUUAGGGCAGACUUGGAAGGCAAAGCUCCUUCCUGAAUUAGCUGGUGUCUGGUAAACAGUGGCAGAGGAAGAGGGUGGGGUUUGGAGACAUUAUAAACUCUGGUCCGCCCCGAGUUUCACUUUGGGGAACCGGUCAAGGUCACUGGGGUGCCUCACAUUGAGAGAAAAUAGUGAAAAUCGGAGGAGUGACCAGCUGCUGUUUCCCAGGUGGUGGCCAACACCUAUUGUGAAACCACAUGGAAAACUGCAUUGGGAGUGUAGGGCUGCAGUCUGGAGGAGUGGCCCCAGGCUGCCCCCAGGAGGGCACGCCCCGGCCCUCAGAGCACUCCCAGCUGACUGAGCUCCCAAGCCGUGAAAACCUUUGGGGGACAUACACCACCCAGAGCCCAAGCAGCAGGACCCUUCUGACGAUGUGGGAGCCAGGCGCGGGCUGUGAGAGGCGAGAGGUGCAGGAGUGCCUGCAGCAGUUCCAAGUGACAAGGGCACAGCUGCAGCAGAUCCAAGCUGGUCUCCUGGACUCCAUGGAGCAGGCACUGAGGGGCCAGGCCAACCCUGCCCCUGCGGUCCGGAUGCUGCCCACAUACGUGGGAUCCACCCCGCACGGCACUGAGCAAGGCGACUUCCUGGUGCUGGAGCUGGGAGCCACAGGGGCCUCGCUGCGUGUCUUGUGGGUGACUCUCACGGGCGUGGAUGGGCACAGGGUGGAGCCCAGGAGCCAGGAGUUUGUGAUUCCACAAGAGGUGAUGUUGGGCACCGGCCAGCAGCUCUUCGACUUUGCUGCCUGCUGCCUGUCGGAGUUCCUGGAUGCGCACCCUGUGGGCAAUCAAGGCCUACAGCUCGGGUUCAGCUUUUCCUUUCCUUGUCACCAGACGGGCCUGGCCAGGAGCACCCUCAUUUCCUGGACCAAAGGUUUCAGGUGCAGUGGCGUGGAAGGCCAGGACGUGGUCCAGCUGCUGAGAGAUGCCAUUCAGAGGCGGGGGGCCUCCAACAUCGAUGUGAUUGCUGUGGUGAAUGACACCGUGGGCACCAUGAUGGGCUGUGAGCCGGGGGUCCGACCCUGUGAGGUCGGGCUUGUUGUAGACACGGGCACCAAUGCGUGUUACAUGGAGGAGGCCCGGCACGUGGCAGCACUGGAUGAGGACCGGGGCCGCGUCUGCGUCAGUGUCGAGUGGGGCUCCUUCGGUGAUGAUGGCGCCCUGGGGCCGCUGCUGACCGCAUUCGACCACGCCCUGGAUCUUGAGUCCCUGAAUCCCCAUGCCCAGAGGUUUGAGAAGAUGGUCGGGGGCCUGUACCUGGGUGAGCUGGUGCGGUUGGUGCUGUCCCACUUGGCCCAGCGUGGGGUCCUCUUUGGCGGCAGCUCCUCCCCUGCCCUGCAGAGCCAAGGCAGCAUCCUCCCCGAGGACGUGGCUGCGAUGGAGGACCCCUCCGUAGGGGCAGCCCAUGUCCUCACGAUCCUUCAGGGCUUGGGUCUGAGCCCGGAGGUCUCGGACGUCGAGCUGGUGCGAAGCGUGUGUGCGGCCGUGAGCACGCGGGCCGCCCGGCUGUGCGCCGCUGCCCUGGCUGCGGUCCUGGCCCGCCUCCAGCGCAGCCGGGAGCAGCAGAUGCUACAGGUCACUGUGGCCACCGGAGGCCGGGUGUUUGAGUGGCACCGCAGGUUCCACAGCAUCCUGCAGGAGACAGUGGCGCUCCUGGUCCCCGAAUGUGAUGUCUCCUUCAUCCCCUCUGUGGAUGGGGGGGGGCGGGGUGUGGCAGUGGUGACUGCCGUGGCUGCCCGCCUGGCUGCCCACCGGCGCCUGUUGGAGGAGACUCUGAUGCCGUUCCGGUUGAACUGCGAGCAGCUGGCAGGAGUUCAGGCACAGAUGCGGGAGGCCAUGGCCAAGGGACUCCGGGGGGAGGCCUCCUCCCUCCGCAUGCUGCCCACUUACGUCCGGGCCACACCGGAUGGCAGUGAACGAGGGGACUUCCUGGCCCUGGACCUCGGGGGCACCAACUUCCGGGUACUUCUGGUGCGCGUGACUGAAGGAGGGGUGCAGAUCACCAACCAGGUGUACUCUGUUCCAGAGCACGUGGCCCAGGGCUCUGGGCAGCAGCUCUUUGACCACAUCGUGGACUGCAUAGUGGACUUCCAGAGGGCUCAGGGUCUGAGCGGACAGAGCCUCCCCCUGGGUUUCACCUUCUCCUUCCCAUGCAAGCAGCUCGGCCUGGAUCAGGGCAUCCUCUUGAACUGGACCAAGGGUUUCAACGCCUUGGACUGCGAGGGCCGGGAUGUCGUGUGUCUGUUGCGGGAAGCCAUCCGGCGUAGACAGGCGGUGGAGCUGAAUGUGGUUGCCAUUGUCAAUGACACCGUGGGAACCAUGAUGUCCUGUGGCUACGAGGACCCCCGCUGCGAGAUGGGCCUCAUUGUUGGAACUGGCACCAAUGCCUGCUACAUGGAAGAGCUCCGGAAUGUGGCCGGCGUGGCCGGGGACUCGGGCCAAAUGUGCAUCAACAUGGAGUGGGGCGCCUUUGGGGAUGAUGGCUCCCUGGGAAGCCUCAGCACGUGCUUUGAUGACAGUGUGGACCAGGCAUCCAUCAACCCCGGCAAGCAGAGGUUCGAGAAGAUGAUCAGUGGCAUGUAUCUAGGGGAGAUCGUGCGCCACAUUCUCUUGCAUCUAACCAGCCUUGGUGUUCUCUUCCGGGGCCAGCAGACCCAGCGCCUUCAGACCAGGGACAUCUUCAAGACCAAGUUUCUCUCUGAUAUUGAAAGUGACAGCCUGGCCCUGCGGCAGGUACGAGCCAUCCUAGAGGACUUGGGGCUGCCCGUGACCUCAGAUGAUGCCCUCAUGGUCCUGGAGGUGUGCCAGGCUGUGUCCCGGCGGGCUGCGCAGCUCUGCGGGGCGGGUGUGGCUGCCGUGGUGGAGAAGAUCCGGGAGAACCGGGGCUUGGAGGAGCUCACCGUGUCUGUGGGUGUGGAUGGGACCCUCUACAAGCUGCACCCCCACUUUUCCAGCUUGGUGGCAGCCACAGUACGGCAGCUGGCCCCUCGGUGCACCGUCACCUUCUUGGAAUCAGAGGAUGGGUCUGGCAAAGGUGCAGCACUGGUCACCGCCGUUGCCUGCCGCCUUGCCCAGACAACCCGGGUCUGAAGGUGUCUCCAGGAACCACAGAGUCACAGCUCCAACCCUGCUGGACUGGGCCUGUCCCUCAGCCAGGCCAAAGCACCCAGGACUCCCGGAGCAGCCCGAGUAGGACCCCAGUGGCCACCUGGCCUCACCCUAAGGGAAGCAGCACUUGGGUUAGCAAUAUAUAUAUAUAAUUUAUUUACAUUCA